AUGGCUCGUGGACUGCAGAUAAAAGAUGAAGAAAGUGGCUAUAACAAAAAUCUAUUUUGCAUUCCUAAGCAUUAUGAAGAAGAUUUAGAAAGAGUCUUCAUCCCUCAUGGACUCAUCCUGGACAGGACAGAACGCUUGGCUAGAGAUAUAAUGCAAGAUAUGGGAAGCCACCAUAUUGUUGCACUCUGUGUCCUUAAAGGAGGCUAUAAAUUCUUUGCUGAUUUGCUGGACCAUAUAAAAGCACUAAAUCAAAAUGGUGAUAAAUCUGUGCCUAUUACUGUGGAUUUUAUUAGAAUAAAAAGCUACUGUAAUGAUUCACCUACAGAAAAAAUCAGUAUUGUAGGCGAGGAACUGUGUACACUAAAUGGGAAGAAUGUGUUAGUAGUAGAGGACAUUAUUGAGACUGGUAGAACAAUGAAAGCCCUACUUUCAAAACUGAAAGACAAUGAACCAAAGAUGGUAAAAGUUGUAAGCCUGCUCGUUAAAAGGACACACAGAAAUCCAGGUUACAGACCAGACUACAUAGGCUUUGAAAUUCCAGAUAAAUUUGUGGUUGGAUAUGCACUUGAUUACAAUGAAUACUUCAGAGACCUAAACCACAUCUGCAUUCUGAAAGAGAAAGCCAAAGAGAAGUAUAAGAUCUGA